AUGGAUAUUCAUGUUCUUCAAAGCCAGCCCGCCCAGAAGGUCGCGUUUAAAGACUCUUCCACGGUUCGUGUGGGUAAUAAACUUGUUCGCAAUAAGCCACCCACCCAGCCCUCUGCUAUGCGACCCAAGCAUUUGGUCCGCGGCGGGUUCCAGCCGCGCCUUCCGACUUCGCUGCCGCCCCCAGGGCAGCAGCAGCAGCCGUCGCCGCUACCACGCCGACAGCCCGUCCCGUUGAUGCCUCCCGCGCAGCUUCAUCCGGGAGCGCCCCCGGUGGUCGCUCCGGCGCCUGCGGUCCCUCUUCAGUCGCCACCGCCUUCGGAGCUGAUGGACGUCGACCCCUCAGCCGGGCCGCCUUCCCAAGCGGUGGCUGUGCAGCCUGUCCUGCAGCCGCUUUCCUUGGGCACCCCCAAGGAGUCUGACACCGCAGCCCCUUGUCCGGCACCCACUCAGCAGCCGUCGACGCAGCGUCAGGAGACGCUGCCUCCCUUCGUGGGUCCCGACGCCCCGUCGCGUCCAGUACCAGAAGCUGCGCCCGUGGUCACAGGCCGUGAUGAGAAUGGGCAGCUAUCAGCUACUACUGCAGGGGCGCUCUUUGAUCACGUGGCUUACGUGCCAACAUGUGUGACACAUCACCAGAUUGCAUACCGUGACGUCGUUGACCGCCUCGCUUAUCGAUGA